AUGCAACACAAUCCAGUGAACAUAAUAGAAACGUAUGUUGUCUUGGAUGACCAGUCCAAUGCCUGCAUGGGAGACACAUACCUGUUCGAUGCACUAAAAAUACAAGGUCCAGAACUGGAAUACGAACUCACCACAUGCAGCAGCCAAGGGGAAAAUAGAAGAGGUAGGCGAGGAAAUCACAUUAUCAUCGAGGCUACUGAUGGUAAGAAGAAAUUCACCCUCCCAGUUGUACUAGAGAACAACAGUAUACCCUGCGACAAGAACGAAAUACCAACACCUGAAAUAUGCAGAUCAUUUACUCAUCUCAGACCAAUAGCAGCCAAAAUCCCAGAGAUACAGGAUGACAUUGGGAUACAUCUCCUGAUAGGGAGAAACUGCCCAGAGCCCCUACAAAUUAGAGAAUCCAGGAAUGGACCAGUCAGUGCACCUUGGGCUCAAUGUACCGACCUAGGGUGGACAGUAUCUGGCGACCUGUGCUUUGAAACAGUUAGAGGUACAGUUAGAGCAUCUGUUCGUCGCACAAAAAUAAGUCUCAACAACCAUAACCCAGUAGGCUGGACAACUAUACAGAACCCACUUAAAUGUGACAAUCACAUUCGUAUCAGUGAAAAUAUAGCACCUGACACAGCCAGUGGAGAAGAUGUAUUUCGAGAAACACCAGAUGAUGAGAAGAAAGCCCACUCUAUAGAAGACAAGCGCUUCUUGCACAUCAUGCAAAAUGGUACCCACAUCAACAGGAAGGGAAAUUUAGAACUACCCCUACCAUUUAGAUACAACCCAAGGCGACUACCAAACAACUACCAGACAACAAUGAGUCGCUUCAAAAAUCUUUUGAAGCAGCUAGAACGAAAACCAGAGAUGAUGGAACAAUACCUACAAUUCAUGGAGAAGGUAAUAGAACGUCAACACGCCAGUCCUGUUCCUGAUUCAGAAUUAGCUUCUGACAACGCUUGGUAUUUACCUCACUUUGGGGUAUACCACCCAAGGAAAGCACAGAUCAGAGUAGUGUUUGACUCCAGUGCAAGGUGUAAUGGAACCUCCCUGAACGAUGCAUUGCUUCAAGGGCCAGACCAGAUGAACAGUCUCAUUGGUGUCUUGCUGAGGUUUAGAUGUCACCCUAUAGCAGUUAUGGGUGAUAUAGAACAGAUGUUUCAUAGUUUCCAUGUGAAUGAGGAACACAGGAACUAUCUACGCUUCUUUUGGUUCCAAGAAAACAAUCCAGAGAAACCUGUGAUUCAGUACCGGAUGAAUGUUCAUCUGUUUGGGAAUGUUUCGUCACCAGCCAUUGCAACAUACGGUCUAAGAAUGAUAGCAGAAGAGAAUUAUACAACAUAUGGAGAAGAUGUUCGUGAAUUUGUAUUCAGACUUCUAUGUAGACGACGGACUUACCUCUCAGCCAGAUGCAGAAGCAGCUGUCAGUCUCAUCAGGAGAACACGAGAGAUGUUGUCUACUAG